UACAUGCCGAUGUCUUUGCGUUUCUUACUACACAUAUGUCCUGCCUUAGUUCCCCAUCUUAAGGUAGUAUGAAUACUGGUAAAUAUACUGUUAGUUUCGUACUUUUAUUUUGAAGGUUACUCCGUGACGCCUUGGCCGUGUGAAUGUAUUUCCGGUAACUUUACACACGCUUUACCGUGGGGCUGAGGCAUCACACCGCGGCUUGUCGGAGCCUACUUUUUUGCACACUUUGGUCUUCGAGGGCCGCGCACGCCGACAGCCCUCCACGACGACCGAGUUUCCGCGGGCAUACGUUGGUAAGGAGGCGAACUGUGAGACGUCCCCCCGUGUCCGCUAGAGCUGGAAGUCAACUCGCGUUACUGGCAGAAAGAAGGCUGGAGCUGGAAGCCGGUGCCCCCCAGGACCUCCAGGAUGGUGGCUGGACCCCCAAAAAGGAGAUGGCCUCUCUAUCCCACACAGCAGCAGCGGCCUCCACCCCCAAUCCCGUAGCGCGCAAGUCCCUGUUCGAGAGGUCGCGCUGUGACACCUCGCUGGGUUUCCUGACGCAGAGGUUCGCGGAGAUGCUGAGCCGCUCCGCCGACGGGGUGCUGGACCUGAACCUCGCCGCCCAGCAGCUCAACGCCUCCAAGAGGCGCGUCUACGACGUCACCAACGUCCUGGAAGGGAUCCACCUCAUCAAGAAGAAGUCCAAGAACUUCAUCGAGUGGCUAGGGGGCGACCCGAACGUCCGCAUGGAUGAGGAGCUGAAGGCCCUCGUCGAGGAGGAGAGGAGGCUGGACGAGUUGAUCCAGAGCUGCACGAAGCAAGUCCACCAGCUGUGCAGCAGGCAGAACACUCGGAGGUUUGCCUAUCUGACCUACGAGGACGUCCAGCGGCUGCCCAGCCUCAAGGAGCAGACUGUGAUCGUGAUCAAAGCGCCCGCCGAGACCAAGCUGGAGGUGCCGCACCCAGAGGAGAGCCUGCAGGUCCACCUCAGCAGCACGCAGGGGCCCAUCGAGGCGUUCCUCUGCUCCGACGACCCCGUGCCGAUGGACGCGGCGGACGGCUCCGCCAGCGGGGGCCGCGCCAGCCCGCUCGUGCCUUACUCAUCCUUCGUCCAGGUGUCUUCCAAAGACUAUGCGAUCCGUACUCGUGGAGUUGAUAUUAUCUCCAGCCUGCCGUCCGAGCCGACACGACACCCGUCACCCGUCACUGUCUCCCCCGUCUCACAUGUGCACACCCCCCUCCAGCCCCCCCCCGGAGUCCAGCAGAGCUUUAUCACCCUCAACCCCCCUCUGGCUUUGUCUCUCGGUGGGGAGGAGUACUCCCCGAGCCUGACCGAGAAGGAGGGCAUCAGUAACCACUUCUCUUGUUUUGACCUGGACCAGACAACCCCAGAUGUGCCCCUUCUCUGAACAGCUGCUUUUUUGGGAGUUCUUUUUGGAGGCACUGCCCCCCCCCCCCCCCUUCUCACGAACAGGAUAUCAAGGGGACACAAUACAAGAACAGGGCACCGUUUCUUUUCUCUUUAAAUCCCCAUUUCCCUGUCCUGGACGGUGUACUGGGAUGUACUGGUGCUCAGGUAUGUGGAGGAUCGAGGUCUUUUCACGGCUUCCUUGCGGUUUUAUUCCAUCGCUUUAAUCUGCUGCGUUAGUGGGGCCGUCCUCAAGUGUCCUCCUCUCAGGUUCUGAGCAUGGCUGUCUCAACGCACGACUUGUUCUGGAAAGAGGACGUUUUGUAUGAUCUUCGCAACAAAGCCUGGUGUUUUAGACACUCAUUUAGUGUUGAUUAAAAGCAUUAAAAAUGCAAAAGAAGCCCUGUGUCUCGUCUCGACUCAAUGGACGCAUCAUCCAACUUUAAAUCCCUGAUACCAGUAAAGUACUAGUCUUGGUAUUCGCUUAUUUUAUCCGGAUUAAAGUACUGUUGAUUGAAGUUUUUGCUUUAGCAAUUAUUACAUAUCCAUCAGCGUGUCAUUCUGUGGACUUUUUGUAGCUUAGCAAUAAGCUGGAGGUUGAUAAAUUUUAGAGCGUUAAGGUG